AUGUCCACCUCCUCCCUUCCAGACCGCUACAAACUGGUCUUCUUCGUCCCGACUGCCAACGUGGAGGCCUGUAAAGAAGUCAUCUUCGCUACAGGCGCAGGGUCGUUCCCAGGUGGGAAGUAUACCAAGUGCUGUUUUCAGACUGUUGGCACAGGCCAAUUUCUGCCCAAUGAGGGCGCAGACCCAGCGGUUGGAGCUGUCGGUGCUUUGGAACGGUGCGAGGAGGUCAAGGUCGAGAUUAUGUGUCUUGGUCGGGAAAUUAUGCUGAAUGCAGUCGAUGCUUUGAUCUUGGCGCACCCGUAUGAGGAGGUUGCUUAUGAGGUUUAUAAGAUGGAGAACGUUUAG